AUGAACAUGCUUCUGGAGAACAAUUUCGAGGUGAUUCACUACGACAUCAUCUCCCACUCUUCCGUUUCUCUUCAGCGCUACCCGUGGUAUAUUGCUAAUAUCUUCCCUUUCGAGACCUUUAUUCUUCUCAUCAGUGCACUGGCAGGCCGCGACGGUGGCCAGACCGUCGACAUAGCCUGGCAUGUCAUCAACCAAGUCUAUGAGCACCACCCUUGCUUCACCACGGAUUCGAAUGACCCAUUGUACUGGGCACUAGGAAACUUGAUGUUGCGGGUCUGGCAGCAGAGAAUCGCAGCCUCAAGGAACAGUGGAAUAGAACUUCCUUUGGAGCCAUCAUGCAUUGGUCAAUUCGCGCGCCGCCGAACUGCCAUGGCACGGAAUGCCCAGCCGCAAGUCACAAGCGCCAGCGGUGAAUACGGACAGCAAUUUUCAGGCAACGCCAGAGCAGAUAUCACAAGUUCAGGUCUGGCUGCAAGAGGCUGGUGA